CGUCUCCUGGAGAAAGGAAGUGGCUUGUAGCAGUUGACAUUCGUAGUACGUUUGAGCGGCCGGACGUGGUUGAGUUGUUCCGCGGAAGCAACAACAGCAAUGAAAACGAAUUUGUAGCCACGCUAUGUUGCACUGGCCUGUCGCAGGAAAGCCUUUAUUGAAUAUAUCACCAAAUGUGUUGCAAGUGAAUGUAGCAGACUAGGAAGUAGGAACGUGGGCCUGAAGAAAAUGCCGUCCUCCUGGCUAAUGUACAUAUUUUUAUAUGUCUUGGUCUGUGAUGGAGUUGUAGCACAACUGGAAAAUUCAACAGAGAGAGACAAGAGACCGGUGAGAAAGACAGGUGACAAUUCAGGAGAUCGGGUGGUUUUCCUGUUCAACACCUUUCAGAACGUGAAUGUGAAUGAGAACGAGACAGUGCAGGCCGUGGUCUCCAGAAUCCCCCCUGAAGUGGCCUUUAUCACCCUCCAGUUCCAUACACAGCACAGCAAUGCUACGCUGUCCUACACCAGGAUGCCAGGGCUGGGUCUCUCUCUAACAGCGGUGGACUCAGGGCUUCUCUCACCCCUGAUCCCCGGUCAGACCAAGCUUUCCUGGUUCCUGCUGGCCCCUGAUGGGGACUCUGUGGCCGGCACUGGGGUCAUCCUCCCCUACACCAGCUCUGACCCAGUCCCUGGAUCUUGUAAUCUGGAGUUUGACCUGGACAUUGACCCAAAUGUGUAUCUCCACUACAACCUUUUUGAGACUACUAUCCGCUUUGCACCUGCAAAUAUUGGAUAUUCAAGGGGCUCCAAUCCGCCCGCCUGUGACACUGAAGUAGGUGAAAACACUCGCUGGCGCCUGAGGUACGACAUCUACCAGUACUUCCUGCCUGAGAGCGACCUAUCAGAGCAGAGCCUCAUCACCAGCAUCCAGAGUGUGGCCAAUGUGCAGACCAUGAGAGAGCAUGGGAAAAGGAUCAUGACACUAUCAUCCAAUGACAAGACAGAGGUAGUGUUUAGCUCCAUCCCGGGCCAGGGUAUCAUCUACUCUGUCAUAGUCAGAGACCCAGUGCUUAACACCUCUUCCUCGUAUAUCCCUGUCCACACCUAUGCCUGCAGCUUCUCCUCCACCCUGGAUGGCUGUGACACUCUGGGGAAGAUAUCCACAAGGAUCUUCUUCACCAUCGCUGGUUUAGCUGGCCUCUUCGUGUGCUUCUUUGGGCACCGCUUUUUCAAAUGUGAGCUAUUCUGUAUGGGCUUUGGUUUUGCAGCGUUUCUUUUUUUUGUCCUGAUCACAAGAACUACAAAACUGGACUAUGACAUCCGCCUGACGCUGACAGCAGUGAUUGGCGUAGUGGGGGGAGUUAUCCUGGUGAUGAGCUGGUGGCGCUUCGGCUCAGUUAUGUCCUGUGUCGUCGUCGUCGGUCUCAUGCUGGGGUUCCUCAUCUCCUCCAUUGUCUUCUUCACGCCUGUCGGUGACAUACAGGUGUUCCGUUCAAAUGUGGUGUUCUGGGUGACGUUCAGCUGCAUCGUGGUGGGGGUACCGCUCUUCUUUGUCCGCUGGCCAAGAGAGGGUAACAUCACUACGUGUGGUGUAGCUGGAGCCUAUGCUGUGGUGCUGGCUGUGAAUGCUUACAUAUAUACCAGCCUAUCCUACAUCACCCUUAACAUUCUCAAACGCUUCCUCAACGACAACUUCAGCAAGGCCUUUACUGAUGUGCCUUUCCAGGACAUUGAUUUCAUGAUGAUCACAGUGUGGGUGGUUCUGGGUGUGUCUGGUAUCGUGCUACAGCUCUACCGGGAACGCACACGGCCCUUCUUCCCCCCCAGCCCUUACCUCAUGUGGCUGCAAGAGCGGGAGCGCCGCAAGACCAACGUUCUGGACCCAAGCCACCACACGUCCUCACUCCCUUCCCGUCUCCUCGCCCGUGCCCGACAGCUGACUGGCAGGAGAGAGUCCGCUGGCGAGCACACACCCCUCCUCCUUUAAACCCACCCACUCAACUUAGACCCAUUUUACCCAGCCAGGUAGACAGAUUCACCCCACUAGGAGGGUGCUAUGGGGCAUGGGCUCUCUAUCUACGGGGAAGCACCAUUGUGUUUGGAGUCUUUCUAUUCCAGAUUAUGGAUGUUUUGAUUCCAUUGAUGGUAACAGUCCAUUAAGGUAUUAUUUAUAUAUGCUCGGGGAGGAACUUUGCCACAAAGUGCACACAGAGAAUUUUCAAAGCAUUAUUUUUUAGCAUGAUUUGUUUCACUUCCUCAGUCUUGUGGUAUUUGGCUGCAUUUUCUUAGAUGGUACUGAGGAAGCUGUUACCACUGCCACUUAAUAUUGUGCCAAAAUAGUUAGGCACCAUCUCUCCUAGUACAUCACAGUGCCUUUAAACAACUAGGGUUACAGCAUACCGGUAUGGGCAACAUAUGUGUUUUAAUACCACUGAAUAGCACAAGAAACAAUUUGGAACAGUAAGAUUGAGAUGCAUCAUGCAGCCAGUCAUUUUGAGGUGGCUUUGACAGCAACAUUUGGUAGGUAGGUAGGUAUUCAUUUUAGUGUAAAAGUAAGUAUACUUUAUCUUAAUACCACUCAAUGAAAUUGGAGGGCAUAUGUCCCCCCAGUUUUAAUGGGUAUGAAACCACUGUCAGGGAGUUCUGGGUAUGCCCAUUUUGGCUCCAAUGGCUGUAAAUUGUUUUUAAUGUUUUGUAAACAUUUUCAUAUGCAAACUGUUACUUUUACACCAUGUUUUGUAAAACUGUGUAUUUAGAGGCCACUCCUUUUUUCUUUGCUUUUUACAAAUAUGAAUAAUUCAAUUUUUAAGAAAUAUGAGAGCUGUUAUAUUGAAAUAUGCAUGUGUUUUGGGGACCCUUUUUGUUAAACAUAGUUGUUGAAUCAAACACUAUUAGUGGUAUGGGUGGGAACUUGCAGCCUAAAAUGUAUCCUCUCUUGAUUUCAUGGACAUGUCUGAUAGCACUCUAAAAUCAUAAACCACAAGUGGUAGGUUUAGCUGGAUCCUGAGCACUGAUGUUUAUAGGAAAUGGUGAUAUAGCCAAGCCCUUCAGUAUUUCCUGAAGUGUUAAGCAGUAGCAGGAAGAGCAAAUGACAAGAGCCAGAGCCAUUGCUCUGUCAGGUGGCCUAACGCUUCAUUAAAGUGGGCCUGCUGUUUAUGUUCUCUAUUGCCAGCUUUCGUUUGGUAAAGCAUUUUUGGUGUUUCCCCUAUGACGUUUUUUUAGCAGUGGUAGCUGGGUGGGUGCAUUGCUAGUAUUGUAAGCACAAUGUCCUGCCAGCUGUUCCCAUAGACCUCCAAUCCUUUGAGCCAACGACUAUUCCUUUAAAAGCACGCCUUGGCAAUUUAUUGCAGCAGUGGGCCACCACUGCUAAAUGAACCGAGGGGAAACACUGAUUUUAAGGGAGUUCAAUGUGUGUCUUCUGGGACUUUUCUUUAGGUUCUUUCUCUCUCAUUACCCACCCAGUAUGUGCUUUGGUAUGAAAAGCUGGCUUGAGGCAUUAAUGAUGUGUACAGGAGUUUGCCUGCAGUCACAUGACAUGGUUUAUUAAUGCAUUCCAUGGUUUAUUAAUGCAUUCCAUGGUUUAUUAAUGCAUUCCAUGACCAAUGUCAGUUUUUCCUCCAAAUGUUCAGUAAUAUUGAAGCUUGAUUAAGUGGAUAAUUUAAGAGAUUAUUUUUCCUCUUGUGGAAAACAACAAGGUAUCCUCAGAUGCAGUCUAAUAUCCCACCACUGAUUUGUAAAUCCUCGCCAUUUGCACACGACAGGUUGUUGAAUUAAAAUUUGAUAGAGAAUGUAUUGAUAUUUUAUGAUUAUCACCCGACAGGAUUCAGAUUAGUGUCAAGGAUGAAAGACUGAGUUUCUCAGAGUUUCCAAACCAAAACACACAGGGGUGUGAGGCCGACAUUGUAAAGUUAUAGCCAUACUGUUGAAAUGCCUCACUAGGAAAUGCUUCUAUGCACUAAGAUUACUAAUGAUGCUUUCUUAAAGGUUAAGGUUGCCUUUCAGUAUUUUUCACUACAGCUCUUAGGUACUUACCUUGUCAUGUUUUAAAAUGGGCUGUUUGUCUGUGUUUCUGUUUUGUGAGAAAUUAUUUAAUAAAUAGUUUUUCCUAAAAAUCA